AUGGUCAGUCUUAACCUCAAACUUGAUGUGAAGUUCUCCAACUUCUCGGAGUUUUACAUUUUCUACUUGGCCAAACACAUGAAACAAAUGACACGUCGCUGUCACUUUCUUGGCACUUUAUUCGGUGCCGCUCUCAUUCUCGUGUCUAUUGUGAAAGGCGGUUCUCUCUCUUAUGCUCUUGCUGCACCUAUUGUGGGUUACAGCAUUGCGUGGGCUGGCGAUGCGGGAGUGGAGGGAAUCACACCAACUUCUUUUAAUUACCCGUGGUGGUCAUUCUGCGCGAAUUUAAAACUCGUAAAGGAAAUGUUAACAGGAGAACAGUCUAUUUAG